AGGGAGUGGGUAGAGAUGAAGUAGUAGGAGUCGGGUAUUUACAACUUUGUCACGUGAUUUGCGAUUCAUGAUUAAAUAACAAGUUUAUUGUUGUACUCUACUUGUUGUACAUCACCAACCACAAGCACAACCACAAAAAUGCCUGAACAAGUCACCUCUCCCAGCACUGCACCACAAUCAAGUGAUGCGGCUGCUGACCUGUUGCUGCGACUAAAGGAAAUUGAGGCAAACGCGAAGCAGAUCGUGACAUCCUCUGCAGCAAGUGUCUCAUCACCCACGUUAUUGGACAAGCUCGUACGUAAUGGCAGGCAAUACCAAGAAGGUGGGUCUUCUGGGUCAUCAUCUUUGGGCGACACUACUAGAACAUUCUCUACUAGUUCUGCGUCUGGGUCUGCGUUUGGUAGUAGAGGCAGUUCUACUUUCGACCACUUGUCUGCAUAUUUAGGAGGUGCAUCUGCCCCAUCUGGAGGGCGUCAACGUGAUCGCAGCUACGGAGAGAUAGAUUCAACCAGAAAGGCGACGGCGGGAGGGAUUUCAACCUCUGAUCCCCUAGCGGAUUUUCAUGCCUCUGUUCUUGCAGCACAAGCAUCCCCUGGAGGACGUCAAAACACACUACAAGCAGGUGAUCCAUACCCAGAUCUGCCGACGAAACUUGUUCUACCGUCAACGAUGAGGACACCUGAUGGACAUCUUGAUUCAAGCUUUUCAAAACCACGUGCUGGAGAGGAGUACAACGAUGCGCCACCAUCAAAAGGAGGCGACUUUACCUCUUGGAUGUCCACGUUCAGAGGCUAUUCCCAAAACAUCCUUGCUAGCAACAAAAUGGAGAUUCUAUCAACUUAUGCCCCUGCACCUCGGAGAGUGAGGAACCAAGAGGAUGAUGCCGAUGGCGGGGAGGAAAAAACAGGUCAAAAUCAAGAAGAAGCCUCAGCCGAAACCGACGAUGCUACUUCAGCAAAAGAGAAAGAAGUGAAAGUGCUAAAGUCGAUUUUGAAGAAGCCACCAGCAGCGGAUGUGGAUGCUGUUUCUGCGAACAAUGUGCUGACCAGCGUACUAGGCCCAGGGUCUCCAGAAGUAGAGAGAAAGAAGACAUCACUCUCCUCGGGCGAACGGAAUUAUACAGGAGUAAAAGGUGUCGCCGACGACGAGGCCGACGAUCCUGUCCAUGUUAUUCCUGCUUCCACGCGCAACUUACCCGACCCUGAGACUAAGGCUUCAAUUAAGUUUUACUUUAUUUAGUUUUGGUUUGCGAUGAUGCUGUAGCUGUAGUAGAAGGAGUAACAAGUAGCCCGCCUUAGUCUUAUGUUUAUGAAUGGUUCCGGUAUUUGGUAACCUGAAUUUGAUCAUAAGGGAAAACAAGAGGAGAACCCUUAGGAUCAAACUCAGGUUACCAAAUACCAGAACCAUACAGUUUAUGUACAAGUACAUGAUCACGUCAUCUUCGAUCCAGUUCCAGUCAUACAUAGACAUAGAGUACCUACAAAACUUCCAUCCCUUGUUUUUAGAUUGGUCAACGAACAGCCAUAUUUAUUAAGUACUCUAAUCGUCGAUUCGACCUGAUCGGUAACAUGUUGCAGCAGCUCGAUGUCGUGCACCGAGAAGACGCGCCACAGUGGAUCGAAAGAACAAAAAAGGGUGACUCGCCUUCGACCACUUCGGAUCUAGAACUGAUUCAAGGUCUAGGAAGAGGUGGAACUGUUGGUGGCCAGCCGUUUUUGUAUGCAGGGGACGAAGGUGGAGAUGGAGAUGAAGGUGGUGCGCAAAGCGGACUUAGUCAGAGGACCUUGGAGAUCAGCCAACCAGCCAACAUUCAAGGCGGGCUCCUCUCGUCGACCGAAGUCCUUGAAUCUGAAGGUGUCAACGUCCAUCUGCGCACAGAAUUAGGCAAACUCGUGACAAGAUCGCGCGGCUUCGACAUUGUAGAGCGCAGAAGAAAAUUGAUGGCGCAUCUCGAGUACCUGGACAAAAUGACGCAAUAUUGUGUGAACACGCUGUUGCAGACGAAUCAGGGGGAGUAUCAGUUACGGCUUCCGCCCCUAAUCCCCUAGUUCAUCUUCCGAAGCAAGCAUGAUCUUAGAGACGUUUACUUGAGGCAGAAAAAGAAGUAAGAGAAUAAAAAGAGAGAAGAACGAUCAUGAGUAUCUCGGUGUUAGUGGAUAUUGGGCUGGUGAGAUAAUCAAGAUAUUUCUACGAGGGGACGAGGGAAAAAGGGCUUGCUUCCGAUGUUGGCCUUGCAGAUGGAUACUCUAUUAGGGUGAUCCUCGAAUAGGGUGAGCUCUAAAUCACGGCAAUGUCGCGAACUUGCGCAAGGGUGUCUCCUUCUCGAUUACGUUUGAGAAACUACCAAAAGAACAACGCGACGAGUUGCAGGAACAAGUACCGGAAAUAGCCGAAACCGCUGAAGCUUUGAAAGUCUACUGGAAAGGGGGGAAUGAAUUGUGCAAUUUGUUGCAAUGGAAGUGGCGUAUGACGAAAGAGCUCACCAAGGCAGAAGCAGCACUGGAGAAUAAGAGGUUGGCGCUCAAUGCGAGGGGAGGGGCCAGGUACUAUUGUAACAUGCUCGUUGGGAUGUUGAGAAGAAUGAAGACUUUUCACCAUUUCGAUCUCUAAUAUGACGAAAUUGUUGUUUGAAGAUUUAGAUUGUUAAGGAAGUUAAUCGACGAAAAAGUUCAACUUGAGAAGUUCACGUUAUCAAAAAAUCUCUUUGUUGUUCUACUCAAUGAUCUCGACUUCAACUUUAGUCUCAACAACAUUGACGUCCUAUUCCAAACAGUGCUUCCGGUUCCGCGUGGCAGGAAUUACUUCCUUAUCGUGCCAAAGUAACGGCUCUGAGCGACAAAGUGCGUGAAUUUGGAUCUGUUAUCCAGGUUUUGGAUUUCAACCGAGAAAAAGAGCCUGACGUUUCCUGUUUAGGCGACCGCGAUCAGGAGAAAACGCUAUUGCAGAUCAGACUGAUGCAAGAGCGAAUCCAACUUUUGCAUAUGGUCGAUAAUGCCGGUGGUCGGUUGCGGGAGUUGGAUUUACAGAUUAUCCGAGUCAGGCACACAAGAGAACGAAUAGAGCAAGAUGCUAAAGAAUUAGGAGACGAAGACGCGCGGUAUUCCCAAUCCGCAUUCUCAAGAGCACUGUUGGCAGCUUCAAAGUCAAAAGAGGUAAUAAGUAAUAUUACCUAGUCGUGAUAAAAAUACUUACUGAAGACUUGUUGUUCUAAGUAGUAGUACCUGGAAGGAGGUGACUUGCUCAUCUACCUGGUGGAGGUCUUCGAAUUCGGCCACGUAUGUAAAUGAAUAUCGACAGUGUAGUGUGUGAACAAUUCCUACAAGAACAAGUACUAGAUGAAAUUAAAUUUCAAGAACAAGAGCGAGUAUCGCCUAAAUUGCCCCCCACCAGCAUCAUCUGUAACCGUAAUCUUGAAUCUCCCUUACAACAAUACUACUACUAACAGGCUGGCAAGGAUUUGAUGGCUAUGCAGCGUGAAGAAAAAUUGUUUGGUAAUUUGACACUUCAACAGAAGAUCGAGGUAUGGCGCAAUGAUCCUCGGACUCGGGAAUUUGGUCGACGCGUUCAGAACUUGGAGACUGCACGCAAGACCACGAUUUUAUGAGGCUUUCCCAAAUAAAUACAUCUGAAGACGAUCGAGGCAUCUUACUCACUUUUCUUUCAAGAGGAAGAAAUACUUAUAAACAAAAGGCAAUCGCAAUGGUCAAUAUUAUAGCUAAAGGGCAAUCAUCUUACUCACUUUUCUUUCAAGAGGAAGAAAUACAACUUAGUCAAAGAAAUAGAGGCAACGGUGCUGGUCAACAAAGAUGCAGAGAGAAAGCUGAGGGUGACCAUGAUCAAGGGGAAGACUGUAGGGAACAAGGUCUAACUAUCGAAGAAAUAGACGAGCUGACGCAUGAUUACACGUUGGUACAAGCACAGUGGGACGAAGUGUCAAAAGAACGCGUCGAGGCAGAGAGGACGAGUAGUCAAAGCUUACACGAAACCCUUGGCCUGCCACCAGAAGAAUUUGAUCGCUUUGAUGAUUUAACGGAUGAACGUUAUGUGCUAGUUUUGUCACGACGUAGUUAACUCAAAGUAAGUAAUUCACACUAAUAGUACCAAAGGUCUUCAUCUAAGUAAUUCACACUAAAGAUACCAAUAAGGUCCAAGUACUAGAUUGAUGUUCUUUUCUUUAUUUGGUUUUUCUAUUAAAACUUCUUAAAAAGGACUACCUCUACCUGAAUCUGAACUGUAUCAGUAUCUAGUAUGGACACGAGCUCCUCCUCCUCUAUUCCUUUAUUUUCUAGUAUGGUGCAAGGUACGAGAGCUCUAAGAAAGCAAUAUCAGACGAUACCUGGACAGCACAGCAUCACUGGACAAGGAUGCGGACAUAAAAGACGGCGUGAGGAUGGGCCGGACGACAAUACUACCAGGCAAGAUCACCCGUUUGGACUCGUUGCAGAAGGAUCUGCUAGCGAAGAAGGAAAAUCUCUCGAAGAUCAUUCUAGCGAAGCAUAAAGAUUAAGACGCUUCCCCAAAUUCAAAUUCAAAUUCCCCUGAGCCUAGUAAUCCUAAUCCAGAUUUUAAUUUUUCGUUCUGACUGAGUGAGACAUCCUGGACGAGUCAUCUCCAGGAUUUUGUUGAUCUGUCGAAGAGAAGAGGCCUUGCUUCUUGUUGAUGUUUCGUCCAUACUCGAAAGCGAUCACGUCCAUAGAAAAACGCGGCUGACGCAUCAUAACAUGUGUCAGGAUGCUUUUCUUCUCAGGAUGGAUUAUCAUAUAAAAUAAAGAUUAAAGGUGUGACUGUGGGCGCUUCUAAAAACAGUUACAGACGAUAAGUGACAAAAAAACAGCUGCGAUUGAGCUCGCAAU